CUCGGAUCGGGUUUUCCUGGCACGGGUUUUCCUUUGGUUCCGCUCUGCAGUACCCCAGGGCGGCAGGGACAGAGGCUGCCGCCUUCUCUCUGAACCCUAAGGGGUUAAGGCCUGGGUCCCGCCCCCUUUUCCCGCCAGGCUGGCGGGAGUAUGAAUAGCCUCGCUCCCACUCCCGACUCCCAGUCUCUCCGGUUGCUCCUCGCCCCGCCCCGUCAUUGUCCCCAUCCGCGUCUUUUCCCUUCCGUCCCCAAAGCUUUGAGAGCUGCUGGCUUCUCCUGGUGCUCCGAGUCUCUCCACCUUCGGUGGGUCAGACGAGCAGGAUGGAGGGCUGCCUGGGGGAAGAAUCUUUUCAGAUGUGGGAGCUCAAUCGGCGCCUGGAGGCCUACCUGGCCCGGGUCAAGGCGCUAGAGGAGCAGAAUGAGCUGCUCAGCGCGGAGCUCGGGGGUCUCCGGGCACAGGCCGGGGACGCCUCCUGGAGGGCUCGUGCCGACGACGAGCUGGCGGCCCUACGGGCCCUCGUCGACCAGCGCUGGCGGGAGAAGCACGCGGCCGAGGUGGCGCGCGACAACCUGGCAGAAGAGGUGGAGGGCGUGGCGAGUCGGUGCCAGCAGCUGCGGCUGGCCCGGGAGCGGACCGCGGAGGAGGUGGCCCGCAGCCGGCGUGCGGUCGAGGCCGAGAAAUGCGCCCAGACCUGGCUGAGCACUCAGGCUGCGGAGCUGGAGCGCGAGCUGGAGGCUCUGCGCGCGGCGCACGAGGAGGAGCGAGCCGGCCUGAACGCGCAGGCUGCCUGCGCCCCCCGCGGCCCCGCUCCGCCCCGGGGUCCCCCCUCGCCGGCCCCCGAGGUGGAGGAGCUGGCUCAGCGGCUGGGCGAGGCGUGGCGGGGGGCAGUGCGCGGCUACCAGGAACGCGUGGCGCACAUGGAGACCUCGCUGGGCCAGGCCCGCGAGCGGCUGGGCCAUGCGCUGCAGGGCGCCCGCGAGGGUCGCCUGGAGCUGCAGCAACUUCAGGCAGAGCGCAGCGGCCUUCAGGAGCGCAGGGCCGCGCUGGAGCAGAGGCUGGAGAGCCGCUGGCAGGAGCGGCUGCGGACCACUGAGCAGUUCCAGCUGGCCGUGGAGGCCCUGGAGCAGGAGAAGCAAGGCCUCCAAAGCCAAAUCGCCCAAGUCCUGGAAGGUCGGCAGCAGCUGGCACACCUCAAGAUGUCCCUCAGCCUGGAGGUGGCCACAUACAGGACCCUCCUAGAGGCCGAGAACUCCCGGCUGCAGACACCUGGAGGCGGCUCCAAGGCUCCCCUUGGCUUUCUGGACCCUAAGCUGGAGCUACAUUUCCCUGGGACCCCAGAGGGCCGGCGUCCGGGACCUCUGCUUUCUGUCCUGAGCCCGACUCCCCUCUCCUCACCUUUGCCCGGUACCCUUGAAACACCUGUGCCAACCUUUCUGAAGAGCCAGGAAUUCCUUCAGGCUCGCACCCCGACCUCAGCCAGCACCCCCAUCCCACCCACCCCUCAGGCUCCCUGCCCUGCUGUAGAUGCCAAGAUCAGAGCCCAGGAUGCCCCUGUGUCCCUGCCCCAGCCACGGGUUGGGAGGCAACAGGUGCCAGAAGUCAUGUGGGCUGAAGCCAAGGUGGCCAUCCCUGCCAGCGUCCUGCCAGGACCAGAGGAGCCUGGCGGCCAGCAACAAGAGCCCAGUCCAAGCCAAUCCCCUGAAGAUCAUGCCUCCCUGGCUCCAGCCCUCAGCCCUGACCACUCCAGUCUAGAGGCCAAAGGUGGAGAACCCAGUGGGUCUAGAGAGUCCAGCAGACCCCAGGAGGAAGAUGAAGGACAACUCUGGGGGCUGGCAGAGAAAGAAACAGUGGUAGAGGUCAAAGCAGUGAGCAGCUUGCAGCAGGAAACAUGGCAAGAAGAGGGGGGUCUGGACAUGAAAGAAAUCCAAGACUCCCAGGGUCCUUUGGAAAAAGAAACUCUGAAGUCUCUGGAAGAAGAGAUUCAAAAGCCAUCGAUUCCAUUGGAAAAGCAGAGCCAUGAGACGAUAAGAUCUCUAGAGAAGGAGAAUCUGGAAUUGCUGAGGCCUUUGGAAGAAGAGAACUUAGAAACACUAAAAAUACUAGAGAAGGAGAAUCAAGAAUUAUUGAAGUCUUUAGAAGGAAAGGAGAUGGAGGUAGUGAGAUCUCUAGAAAAAGAGACUCUAGAACUACUUAAGCCUAUAGGAAAAGAGGAUCCACAGACAUUGCCAUCUCUAGAAAAGGAGAAUCAAGAAAUAACAAGGUCUCUUGAAGUUAAUGUAGAGACAUUUUUAUAUCCAGGAAAGGAAAAUCAAGAAUUAGUGAGGUCUCUAGAAGAGGAGAACAUUGAGUCAUUGAGAACUCUAGAAAAGGAGAGUCAAGAGCCACUGAGAUGUCAAGAAGUAGAGAACCAGGAAACAUUGAGACUCCCAGCCAAAGAGAAUCAAGAGCCAUUGAGGUCUCUAGAAGAAGACCAGGAGAUAUCAAGACCUCCAGGAAAAGAGAAUCAUGAAUCCCCGAGGGCUCCAGAAGAUGAGAAUCAUGAGGCUUUGAGACCUCUAGAAAAAGAAAACCCAGAGUCACUGAGAUCUUUAGAAGAAGACCAGGAGGCAGUGAGACCUUCAGAAAAAGAAAACCAGGAGCUGCUGAGGUCUCUAGAAACAGAAAACCAGGAGUCACUGAGGUCUCUAGAAGAAGAUCAGGAGGAAAUAAGAGCUCUAGAAGAAGACCAGGAGACAGUGAGACCUCUAGAAAAAGAAAAACAGGAAUCACUAAGGUCUCUAGAAGACCAGGAGGCAAUGAGACCUCUAGAAGAAGAAAACCAGGAGCCGCUGAGGUCUCUAGAAAAAGAAAAACAGGAGGCAAUGAGACCUCUAGAAGAAGACAAACAGGAAUUACUGAGAUCUCUAGAAGACCAGGAGGCAAUGAGACCUCUAGAAGAAGAAAACCAAGAGCCACUGAGGUCUCUAGAAAAAGAAAAACAGGAGGCAGUGAGACCUCUAGAAGAAGAAGACAAACAGGAAUUACUGAGAUCUCUAGAAGACCAGGAGGCAAUGAGAUCUCUAGAAGAAGAAGGCCAGAUGACAUUGAGCCCUCUAGAAAAAGUGAAACCAGAGACACUAAAGCCUCUUGGAAAAGAUCAGGAGAUAGUUAUACCUCUUGAAAAAGAGAAUCAAGAGUUAUUAAGGUCCCUAAAUGAAGAGAGUAUAGAGGCAGUGAGGUCUUUAGAAACAGAGACUCCAGAACCACUAAAGCCUACCGAAGAGGAAAACCUGGAAAUACUGAAACCUCUAGAAGAGGAAAGUCAAGAGCCACUGGAGUCUGUGGAAGGGAACCACGAGACACUGAGACCCCCAGAUAAGGAGAAUCAAGAGUCACUGGGCUCUCUGGCAGAGUGGAACGUAGAGAAUUUGCAAUCUCUAGAGGAGGCCGACAAGGGAAGUCUAAGGCACUUGGAAGAGCAAGAGAAUGUGGAGAAGGAAGAGAGUCAAGUGUCACUGAGGCCCCUGGAGGAGCAGGGACAGGAGCUGCCGCUCUCUGCACAUCAGCAGAAGUGGGAAGAUAUAACGCAGGGGGACCAAGAACUGGAUCAGGACAGGCCCCCUGGGAGGGCUGGGGUGGACAGUGAGGAUGGGGCAGAGCUGGAACUGAAAGAACAGGCUGGCUUCCCUGUGAAGGGGGAGGUGGUGGAGCAGGGGGAGCUGCAUCUGACAGCCACAGGUGAGGCCUGGGGCGCGGGUGAGGGGCAGCCAGGCGGCCCCGAGCCCAAAGAGCAAAGGCUUCCAGCUGAGGGAGCAGGUGGGGCAGGAGGCACUGAGGGCCUCCAGGACCCUGAGGAGCAGCCAGAGCAGGUGGGGGCCCUGGGCCUCCCGGCUGCCCAGGGCAUGUCAGAGGUGAUGGAGCCCGUGUUGGAAGAUGAGGAUGUGGCCCCCGGGGAUGGCCGAGCCUCCCCAGAGGUAACUUUGGAAUUAGAGAUGGCCAUGGGCAGGUCUGCGGGAGUGGAGCGGGGACCCGAGCAGAAGGUAGUAGGGCUGGAGGACCCAGGUGGCCUGGCCAGAGAGGAGGUGAUGGAGCCACCCCUGGGGGAGGGAGGUGUGGAGGCAAAGAAGGUACAGGGCUUGGAAGGGCCCAGAAAGGAGCUGGAGGAGGCAGGCACUCUGGAGCCAGAGGUCUCCACACUGCCCAGGAAGAGCAGAGACCCGCUGGAGACUCCUAGGGACUGGGAGGAGUCAGAAUCUGGGGCCCCUGGGAAAACAGAGACAGUCUCAGCUGAGACCUUAUGCCAUGAGGGAAGUGAUACCCCUCAGCCCAGGCCCCUGGGGUCAGAGGGAGCAGAGGAGGAUGCCAAACCGCUGCUGGGGGCCCCCAGUCUGAGGCCCACCGAGUCCUGCUCUCCCACCCUAAUCCCUGAAGAUGCCGCUGGGCCCCAGCCCCUGGCUGAGGGGAACCAAGAGGCCAGCUGGGGGCUGGAGGGCAGGGCUGAGGUCCCGGGAAAGGCAGACGGUGAGCAGGAGGAUCUGAGCUCUGGGGGGAUCCCAGAGGGCCUCCAGGAGGAAGGGGAGGAGAGCAGAGAAGAGAGUGAGGCGGAUGAGCUAGGGGAGACCCUUCCUGACUCCACUCCCCUAGGCCUCUACCUCAGGUCCCCCGCUUCCCCCAAGUGGGACCUGCCUGGAGAGCAGAGGCCCUCCCCUCAAGGGGAGCCUGGAAAGGAAGGCUGGGAUCCUGCAGUCCCAGCCUCCAAGGGCCUUGGGGCCCACCCCUCAGAGGAGGAAGAAGAGGAGGGAGAUGAGGAGGAGGAAUGUGGCCAUGACUCUGAGCUGUCGGAAGAAUUUGAGGACCUGGGGACUGAGGCUUCUCUCCUUCCCGGGGUCCCCGGGGAGGGGGAAGAACCUCUGAGCCAGGUGCCCCAGCUGCUCCUGGAGCCUGCAGCCUGGGAUCGUGAUGGUGAAUCUGAUGGAUUUGCAGAUGAGGAAGAGAGUGGGGAGGAGGGAGAGGAAGAAGAUGAAGAAGAGGGGAGGGAGCCAGGGGCAGGGCGCUGGGGGCCAGUGCCCUCUGUGGGCAGCCUCCCCGCCCCGAGCGGCCCUCAGGGAGGGAACCUCCUGGGGUCUGAGACCGCGGAUGUCAGUGUCCCCUGGGACGAUGGCCCAAGGGCCGCGGCACCUGACGCCCCCAUGACUGCCCCGGAGACUGAGUCCCAGAACAUCACUGAGGCCUCAGGCUCAGAGGAGGAGUCUGAUGCUGCCCCCCUGGAGAGGGAGGACCAAGUCCCUGGCCCUCUGGGGACCCUCAGUGGGGUGGAGGGCACCCCUGAUGUCGGCGGCCCAGGCCCCAGCCUGAAGGAAGAGUUGGAGCAUGUGAAUGGGGGUGUGGUGAACGGGCUGGAGCAGUCCGAGGGGAUAGGCCAGGGGGCCGCCGAGGGGGACCGAGGGAGCCCCUUGGAGGAGGAGGGGGGUUCCCUGAAGGCCCCUUGGGCAGGGGCUCCUCUUCACCUGGGCCAAGGCCAAUUCCUGAAGUUCAGUCAGAGAGAAGGUGAUGGAGACUCCUGGUCCUCCGGGGAGGACUAGAGAAAGCACUCCUACACGGAGGCGUUGGGCGGAGGGGUGUCCCCCGGCCAGCCCCCUGCCUGCUCGGGGCAGCACCCUUCACCUAUGCUCUCCUGACCUGGGGUUUCUGUCCCAGAGGCCUGGCUGGCCAAGAUGAAAUGGGUGUGGCAAAGGGACCCGGUCCAAGAGUGGAGACCCCGGGAGUAGAUCCCAGCCCCUUGGCCUCUGCGUCACGGGGACAGCCUGCCUGCACUGUCCCGUGAGGCUGAAGCCAAGUGAAUCCCUGUAGGACUAGUCCCUCAUUUUCACUGCACCUCCUUCCUUCCCACCCCAUUACCUGGAGAAGGCCAGGGCCCAGUGGCCCCUCCAAAGGGAGGGGCUGAGGUGGUCCGUGUGCCAGGGCUUACCAGCUCUGCCCUUCCUCCCGCACCCUCAUGAGAUGGUGGGCCGGGGGCUGAUGAGGGUGAGGGGGUGCUCCUGUGUCCUGACCCCCACAUAGACCUGCCAUCUUGUGGCCCCGUCUGGCUCAUCCCUGCCUGAAUAAAGUAAUGCCUCCGCCUACAAA